CCUCUCUGGCUUCUUGCUUGCUGCCAGUGGGGAAGUGAAAGCUCGAGGAGAGGAAGAACCACCAGCACGGGGGCUCUGGGACCACCUUGCUUCCACAUGGCCUCCCCAAGUGUGGGGUCUGCAGCUGCCCUGCCUUGCCUGCUACUUUGCAUCCUAUACCUCACAGCUGGAGCAUCUGCAAAGCCGCACUAUGCAGUACUUUUCCCCUCCGUGCUCUACUACCCGUACCCGGGCAAAGUGCAUGUCCACCUCAUGGACCUGGAUGAGCCCGUGCGGGUGACCCUCCACCUGGCAAGCAGCCAUGGCAUCCCCAACGUCACCCUGGAGAAUCAGGACAGUGAUAUCCUCCAGCUGAACUGGCCCCACUUCUCCAACAUUUCUACCCCUCCUGCAGGGAUCUACGAGGUUGCGCAUCUUCACGUCUCCAUCCAGGGAGGUUCCCUGCAGGUCUCUGAACAGAAGAAAGUCCUGGUGAAAGCCCUGGAGCUGGGGACCUUGGUGCAGACAGACAAGGAUGUCUACAAGCCUGGACAAACUGUGAAGUUUCGAAUUGUCCGUUUGGAUCAAAACUUCAUUCCCAGCAACAGGGAGCUUCCCUUGGUGGCCGUGCAGGAUCCCAGCGGGAACCGCGUGGCGGAGUGGUGGGAGGUGAGCCCACGGCAGGGCAUCGUGGACCUGUCCUUCCCGCUGGCUGCAGAGCCAGCCCUGGGCAUGUACACCAUCGAGGUGGAGGGGAAGAGACACUCCUUCAGCGUGGAGGACUACGGGCUGCCCCACUUUGAAGUGUUGAUCUGGCUGCCCCGUGUCGUGACGGUGAAGGACGAGAAGAUCCUGCUGGACGUCUGUGGGCGGUACCCGUCUGGGAAACCUUUCCAGGGAAUGGCUGAGGCCAAGCUGUGCCGGUCCCACAAAUAUAUUAUUUUCCCAAAGGGAUCUACGAGGAUCUGUGCUGAGUUUAGGGGCGAGACGGGGAGGAACGGUUGCUUCUCCACCGAGGUGCUGCUGGCUUCCUUCAACCUGACCAGCUCCCACUACAAGAGUCAGCUCUAUGCUUAUGCAUCACUGCUGGAGAAGGGGACCGGGAUGCAGCGUACAGCGACCAAAAGCUGUACAAUUGUGAAUAAAAUGGCCACAAUCACCUUUGAAAACAUCGAUAAAUUCUACAAGCCUGGCAUUCCCUACACUGGGACGAUGCUGCUGAAGGGAACCAACGGCUCUGCCCUGAAGGAGAAGGAAUUCCUGCUUGUGGUUAACACUAGAGAAAAAAUGCAAAGAAAAACCCUGCUCAUGGAUAGAUUGGGGAGAGCCUCCUUUGAGCUGGACACCUCUGGUUGGAAUGAUGAGGUCUCCCUGCACGGUGAGCUCAAGGAUGACCCUCCAGCCUCGGAGCAUGAAGGCAAGGAGUACUACCAAAGUGCCACUCUCUACCUGUAUCCCUUCUCUUCGGACAGCAAAAGCUUCUUGAAGAUCCGCAGGGUGAAAAAGAAGCUGCCCUGCGGCCAGCCCCAGAACCUCUGGGUGGAUUACUUGUUUGAUGAGAAGACCAUGGGGAUCAAGCUGCAGAGCCUGGACGUGGUCUUCCUGGUCCUGGCCAAGGGGACCAUUGCCAACAUCCUCAGGAAAGAGCUGCCUGCAGCAGCUGGGCUGAGAGGCUCCUUCUCCCUGGAGCUGCCCAUCGGCCCCGAGCUGGCGCCCACGGCCAAGGUGCUGGGCUACGUGGUGCUGCCUGACAGCGAGAUGGUGGCUGACAGCACCGAGCUCCAGGUGGCCAAGUGCUUCCCCAACAAGGUGAAUCUGUCCUUCUCGGAGCAGAGGGCUCUGGUGGGCUCACAGCUCUGCCUGAAGGUGCAGGCUGCCCCGGGGUCACUGUGUGCCAUCUAUGCCAUGGAUCAACGCACAUGGUCCUCUGGUCCCAAGGGCAAGCUCAGCCCCAGCGUGGUCUAUAAAUUACUCCCGACGUUUUCUGAAGACAGCUAUUCUUUUGAAGUCGAAGAACCUGAUUUACCUAGCUGUUGGAUAAACAUGUUCGGAGGCAUGAUAGUAAACCUUCCAGCCAUUAACUGUUUUGAUAUGCCAAAGGAGAGUUGGAUGCAUUGCCACCGCAGCCUGUUGCGCAGGGAGGCACCGCAGUCUGACAUGCAGCCAGGCUCCUACAGCCUGCUUAAGGAUGCAGGUUUGAAAAUCGUCACCAACGCUCAAUUGAGCUGUGUACCAAACAUCCAAUUCCAAAGGGACCAAAGCCUUUUAUACCCACAAGGAGCAGGACUGGAAGAGGAUGAGCAGGCUGGUGUCAUGCAGGACACAGGGAUGCAGAUGGAAUUCUUGGGGACGUGGCUGUGGGAGCUGGUCCCUGUGGGGGACGGGGGCUCUGCGGAGGUGACAGUGACGGUGCCCGAUGCCAUCACCGAGUGGGAAGCCAGGAUGUUCUGCACAUCCCCGUUGGGUUUGGGGCUGGCCCCUGCCACCACCCUCACGGCCUUCAAGCCCUUCUUCGUGGAGCUGGCGCUGCCCUACGCCGUGGUCCGGCACGAAGCCUUCACCCUCGUGGCCACCGUGUUCAACUACCUGCGGCAGUGCCUGCGGGUUCAGGUGACUCUGGCGGAGUCGGCGGAGCUGGAGGUGUCAGCAGGCAUGGAGGGGGAGUACAGAGGCUGCGUCUGUGCAGAUGAAGAGAGGACAUUCCAGUGGAGUGUGCGAGCCACCAGCCUGGGGAAGGUGAACGUCACUGUCACUGCCAAGGCCCUGCACUCCAAGAAGCUUUGCGGCACCGAGAUGCCCGUGGUGCCAGCCCAGGGGCGCGUGGACACCGAGACAAAACUCCUGAUGGUGCAGCCUCCAAAACUGAUGUGAAGGGAAAUUGCAGCAGCCUGGCUGUCCUUCUGCUCCGGACCCCAUUGCACCCCACCAGACAGCCAUGGUCUCAAGGGCUGGCAGCCUUUUCCCAUCCCUUCAUCCCCUUCGUCUGACCUGGGAGAAGCCUGCAGCAGCAUGGGUGAGACAAGGACUAUGAAACCCAGCCCCGCUGCCCAGCAGCCCUGCCAUCCUGUGCGGGUCAGGGGCUGCCCGGGGAGCAGCCGCUCUGCUGCCCACCACAGUCGCGGUUCCCCUUGAGCGGAUGCCAGUGCGAUCCCUCGGAGAGGGGACUGGGGCAGGUGAGCUGACCCCAGGCUGACAAAAGUACAAGCCUGAUGGCUGGGCAUGGAGAGGAUGCUCAGAGCUGUCCUGAGCCCUGCCCCUGCUCAGCCAGGCUGAAAAAUAAAGAAAAAUGCAAGUGGGAUAAGGGAAUUGGAAGUGGCAAAAUGUUUUUCUUGCAAUAAAGCUUCCUUUCUUCAGGCUCUUUCCCACCAUCCCUGACUAAAGCCAGCCCUGUGUCCCAAAACAGACUUUGUGUUAGGGGCUCAGCACUCUUGUCCCCCUUAAUGAUGUGUCAGAGGGGCUCUACCUUCACUUUGCUUUGCUGAAUAAAAAACUGAGACCAAACCA